UUAUUAUUAUUAUUUUAAACCAUGAGUGACCAAGCUGUUUCGAGCCAAGUACAUCGCGUUACUCGAGCAUGGUAUGUCUGAUCUGACUAUUGUCUAUUGAUACAGAAAAAAGUGAUUUGUGUAGAAGAAAGAAAGCCAAAUGUACUUUUCUUGAAGGCGAUGUCUGCCUAAAUUGUCAAGCUUACCAUCAAAAGUGUCAGUUCACAAGAACGGCCAAAAAGCGAGGUCCACAGAAAGGAUAUGCUGAAGAUCUUGAAGAACGUAUUCACACUAUGGAAACCAUGGUGCAACAAGCAAUACACCAAAAGAGUGUAUCACCCAAACUGAAGACUCACAAAAAGAAACAAGAUAUACUUUUAUCCAACAUUCUUGAAGAAUAUGGUGUAUUGGAUCCUAGACAAUGGCCAGAAGGCGUUACUUAUGACAGUAUACACUACUUGGGUGAUUCAGCAACACUCCAGUUCUUUUCAAACAAGCUCAAUUUGUCUGAUAAUAAACAAUGGCAAGGCCAUACAAUUAAGCGGUUUGGUGAUGGUAUUGUAUUGGCAGCAGAAGUCAAGAAUGAAAAACCAAGGAGUAAAAUACCAGUGUUUCAAUGGCCAAAGAAUAUCCAUGCAGCAGGUGAAGAUAUUCACAAGUACAUUUAUACAGUGACUGGACUAGAUCAAUAUACAACUGUGCGAUUGCUCAAGAUUUAUUUCUCUCAUAUUCAUCCAAUUCUACCUGUCAUUGACAAAACUGAGUUUCUGAAACAAUACCGAGACCGAGUCAAUACGUUUCCUUCAGGCGAAUUACUGAAUGCCAUGUUUGGUGCUGCUGCUCGUUUUGUCGAAUGUGAAAGCCUAGAGCCUGCAAGAAAAAGAAGGCUGCCUUCUGAUGCUGUUUGGGAUGUGCCUGUAGGAUGGUCGAAUCAAUUCUUUGAUCAAGCAGAAUACAUUAUUUCUAAAUGGUCCACUACACCUACUGUGUCUAUGAUUCAAGCCAUUGUUCUGAUUCUAAACCAUAGGGGUGAUCGAGACUCUAAAUCAUCUGCUUGUUGGCAAUUGGGAGGCUUUGCAAUACGAUUAGCCCAUUUAUUAGGUUUGCAUAGGAAUUGUGAUGAUUGGGAUGUACCAAGAAACGAAAAGGAAACUCGUAAAAGGAUUUGGUGGGCAUUAUAUAUCACCGAUAGAUUUCAGACAGCCAUUCUAGGGCGUCCUAUUAACCUGAGAGAUGAAGACAUCAAUGUAUCUUAUCCUGACUCAGGUGCAGAUAUAGAAGAAGUCAUGGAUGCUUAUGAAGCUGAUAAAGACAAAAUCAUACAUGCACACGUCUUUCCUCGCUUUCCUUCCCUGACGACUCCUUACAGCCUCAAUGAUAACCAUAAUCCUCGACCUCAAAUCUACGAACUUUUUGUUCAAUUCAUCAAACUCGCAGAGAUACUUGGCAGAGUAUUACAGGGCUUACAUACACCUAGAGCUAAAAAAUAUAGUUCAGAACACGGUAGCCAUGGUCUAGUGACACGACUUGAUUUUGAAUUGACAGCAUGGCGUUAUGCAUUUCCGGCAGCCUUGAAAAGCAUUCAACUGCCUGAUUUUAAUGAAGACACAGGCCAUUUUGCACCUGUGAUUGCGUCCAUGCUCUUGUUUUAUUUCAGUACGUUAGUCUUGCUGCACCAACCCUUUAUUUGUAAAACGCAAUCGCGAUCUUCUUGUACGUCUUUACAGAUCUGUACCAGUGCGGCCACUCGAGGCAUGCGUAUUGCGUCUGGAUUGACACUCAGGAAUUUUCUCAUGUGUCCUUAUUCCUUUACAUUGUAUCCCAUCAUGCAAUUUGGACUGAUUCACAUGUACAAUGGCAAGCAUCCUGAUCCACACGUAUCUAUGGCAGCCAAGCUUGAUUUAAAAAAGGGAACAGAACUCUUGCAAACACUACAACAUAUGUCCAAAACAGCUUAUCGACUCUACCAAGUCUUUAAGAGUAUUACAGAAAAUGCAGAUCUGCAUGCAGAAGAUGAUCAUGCCGAUAAAAGUUUAGCAGAUCAAGAAUCGCGUAUAGAAGAAAAGAUUCAUCGACACCAACAAACCAUGGCCUUGGUUGAGUCUAUCUUGCUGCAAAAACCAGAUCAUAGACUGUCCAAUGUGCAUCAAGAGGCCUUUACAUUAACUCAAUUUGGCUUUGAUACCACGAAUGAGACAAGUGCUUUAGAUUACAUCCUUCAGAAUCUAAAUACAUUAGAACCCACAGCAGAUAAUCAACCUCAAGAUCAUCAUGGUUUUCGAAAUGAUCCUAAUAAUGUCUUUUGGGAUUUACCUAUUAAUUUCGAUUGGGAUCAAUUGAGUGCAUGGAUGAACAAUGUGUCUCAAUAACUAAACAACUUUAUUAGAUUAAACUGUACAAUAGUA